UCUUCUUCAAUUCUACCUUACUAGGUUCAUGUGCGUCUAAUAUAAUAGACCACACUAGAGAACUAUGCUUAGACUCUUCACUACUCUUUCUCUCUCCUCUUCUUGUUUUGCCCCUAACCAUUGAAACCACCCAAUCUAAAACUCUGGUAUGUUGAAUGAUCAAAGGGCUUUAACCACAACCAGUAGAGAAGAUGAUCAAAACUAUGAAGAUGAACAUAUCAGAGACAUCCAUGCCUUAACCCCACCUCAGCCUCGGUCGGUUCGCAAUCGAAGAGAGUCUUGGGAAACAAGUAGCCAUAUAUCAUCAAACUUAUCCAUGGCAAGCAUUGAAGGAACUACAAGUGAAAAUUUCACGAGUAUUAGUAGAGAAUUUAGUGCUCUAGUACUUGCAGGGUCGACGGUAGGGAACACUAGCAAUGAUGGUGAUGAUAACAACACUAACAACUUGGGGAGUAUUGGUGAAGAGGAAACAAACCCUUUGGCUAUAGUGCCGGACAAUAAUCCAUUGGACCCCGUGGCAUCCCCUAGACCUACCACGGACGGGGGCUCUUUGGUGAACGGAAAUCACAGUGAGGUUUCAGUGCAGAGAGUGAAGAAAGAGGAGGUCGAGUCGAAGAUAAAUGCUUGGCAGACAGCAAAAAUCGCGAAGAUCAACAAUCGUUUUAAGCGUGAGGACGCCAUAAUCAAUGGUUUGGAGGGUGAGCAAGUUCAGAAGAGCACUUCAUGGAUGAAGAAAGUUGAGAGGAAGCUUGAGGAGAAAAGAGCAAGAGCUAUGGAAAAGAUGCAGAAUGAGAUAGCAAAAGCACACAGAAAGGCAGAGGAGAGAAGAGCCUCAGCUGAGUCCAAGAGGGGAACCAAAGUGGCCAGGAUUCUUGAAGUUGCCAACUUGAUGAGAGCCAUUGGAAGAGCUCCUGCCAAGCGCUCCUUCUUCUAAAGCCCUACCACACUCCAUUUAUUUGAAAAGACUUUGACAUGGAAUAAGCACUUUAUUUUAUAGGGGUCCCUUCACUUUUGAAAUAUAGGGUACCCUAUGUGUGAAAUAUGACAUUUAAAAGUUGCCCCUAGAACGCUAUAGAAGUAUGAAGUGUCUGUUAGUGAGUGCUUGUAUUGGUUUGGCUUAUCUAGUUGAUAUGCUAUAAGCACUUUAUUUUGUAAGGGGUCCCUUCACUUUUGAACUAUAGGGCAUCCUAUGUGUGAAAUGGGGCAUAUUAAGAGUUGCCCUAGAAAACUAUAGUAGGUAAGUGCUUGUAAUGGUUCAGCUUGUCUUUACUAAAGACAAGAGUCACGUGAAUUGGUUGUCUCUCUAGAAAUAUUGUGGUCAGCGAGAUAGCGUAGUGUUGAAUCCCUUUCUCUAAGGGUGUCAGACAUUUCAGAAGGCUCGCAAGUCACUUGUGUUGAAGGGCUUUCUUGUUCAGCUUUGGAUAUUACAUAUACUUCAUAAACCCAUAUCAUUUAGUUUGGUGUAUCUGCAACUCAUGGAAUGGCCAUUUG